AUGAACAAAGAAGAAAUCGAAAAGAGAAGUAACAAAAUAAAAGGAAUUACGAAAAUAGAAGACGAAGAAAAUAUGCAAAUAGAAGAAUCGAAAAAAAGAAGACAAGAAGAAAAACCAGAAAAAAAGACAGAAUCGAAAGAAAGAAAUACAGAAGAACCAAUACAACAAACUGAAAGUAAGAGAAAGGAAGACAAACAAACAGAAAUUAUAGUAAUAUCAGACUCAGAUGCGAGCUCAUAUGACUGGCUUAAAGAGAAAGGUAUUGAAGUGAAAAAAACUAAAAAAGAUAAAGAAGCACCAAUAGAAAGAAUUGCGAAAGAUGAGAUUAAAAGCAUUAGAAAAGAGAUAUAA